AUGGACAGCAAACCCUCCGGUUCGCCGGCGACGUUUGUAGAUCACUUAGUGGUGCCAGGAGAUUUGGUGGUGGAUCUUUCUAGCAUGACUAACCAGACGAUUAAGCUUGGUGGUGGACUCCGUCAGGACUGUGAUGCUAUAUCUGUGAUGAAAGCAGGGAAAUUGAGGUUCUCAAAGCCAAAUAAAUAUUGGGUUGAAACCUCCCAAAAAAGGUACGUGCCGUGUGUGGAGGACACUAUUCUUGGAAUUGUUGUAGAUUCUAAAGCAGAUAACUUUCUUAUCGACAUAAAAGGACCUGCCUUGGCAUUUUUGCCUGUGCUUGCUUUUGAAGGAGGGACUAGGAGAAACAUACCCAAAUUUGAGGUAGGUACUCUGCUUUAUGUUCGAGUUGUGAAGGCAAAUCCUGGAAUGAAUCCUGAGUUGUCAUGCACUGAUGCCAGCGGGAAGGCAGCAGAAUUUGGUGCUCUCAAAGAUGGCUACAUGUUUGAAUGUUCAACCGGUCUAUCGAGAAUGCUGUUGAGCUCACCAACAUGUCCAGUUCUUGAUGCUCUUGGCAAGAAGCUCUCCUUUGAGAUAGCAGUCGGCUUAAAUGGCCGUGUUUGGGUGAAUGCUAAUUCUCCAUCAACAGUUAUUAUUGUUGCCAAUGCAAUUAUGAACUCCGAAUCUUUGAGUGGGGUGCAGCAAAAAAUUAUGGCAGAGAAAUUACUUCAGAAAAUUCAGGUAAAUUCAUAG